CGGCAAACUUUUAGAUAAAACCAUAAGGUAAAAGUCGUCCAUACAUCGUUUUUUGAUUGCACGCUUCUGGGCUGAGAAAACAGCAAGUGAGUGUAACUCUUUGCAAGUGAGUGUUCCCAUCCCUGUGGCUAAACAAUAAAGCAAGGCGAACUGAACUACGCAUCUUCUUUUCAUAGCCUUGUAAACUUGGCUGUUUUAUAAAUUGAACAGUCCUUACUAUAUCGAUAGUCAAAUCGUGCAUGACAAACUGGUGUGCCAAGAGAGAAACUAAGGACCAUCUCUCACUGCUUGAGGGCUGAAAAUGAUGUAAACUUGAACUCAAAUGCGCCAGCUCAGUUUUCAACUGAUUGAGUGGAAAAUUUCUUAAUGAUAUAGAGAUGAUGGUGAUAAGCAUAUAUUUUGUUAUGAGCAUAGAUAAAUAAAACACCACACGAGAGUGAUACUAUGCAUCACUAAACAAAACAUUGCGCAUUCAAAUUCUAUAAAAGAUAAGGGAACUGCAGUCGAUUAAACUACAUUUGGGAUACAAACAGUGGACAGCUCAGUUUAUCACUAGCACUGCAGAAACUACACCAACUUGAACAGUUUUAACAGUCUUAAGUCGGAUGAUCGGAGGAUCUUUGCCAACUGAAAGUAAGACGGAUUCCAUAUAACAAGAAUCUUACAGUAUCUGUAAAGAAGAAAUUAAAGCAAAAAGUGUCUACAUAAGGGCUGGCCAUGAAACGCAAAGUGUGAGUCAUCUACGGUGCUGAGUUAACUUUAAUCAGGAGACACAGAUGCCAACAUUUUAUGAGUGACCUUGUCUAGUAGAGUAACCAAAUAUAUUUGCCUGUGAAUGCAAAUGCAAAUGUCUGUUGUAUGAUGAUUUGUAGAGGCAGACUUCAAUUAAAUACAUAUAAUGACAUAGUGCAAAUAGUUUCAUUCAUUAUAAAGGAAUACUAAAGCCUGUAUCUGCAAUAAUCGGGAAACAGAAAUGCAGCUGUAACUCUGUAAUAGAUACAUUAAAACUGCUCAUAUUUGGCCUAAUAAAAUCUUAAGAUGUGUUCAUUUCACCUUAAAAAUUUCAUGUGAAUUGGUGCAGUACUUUUUGUUGUGGCAAUGAAAGAGUAGAAUGUGCGCCAUUGAUUUUUUUACAAUCUCUAGUUUUGCUUGUCAGCGCUGUAACUUUUGAAUUUGGCAAAGGAAAUGGCUGAAAUUUUGAAAACAAACCUCUUAAUCUACAUUUUUUGCUUUGGCAAAAUUUCAAACAAAUCGAUGCACCAUCAAAAAUUUUAUAGUCAAAACCUGGGACAUGGGACUGAACGUGAUUUUGACCCCUCAGACAGCAGUCAGCACCCCUUAUUGUUUCGAUUGCACUAUUGAAAGUACUGUACCAAUAAUCAUCAAAAUUUUCGGCAUACUAAACACAUAAUCAACUACCUUCUGUGAAAAUUUAAUGAAAAUUGACGGAGGAAUUCAAAAGUUAUGAAUAGGCAAACAUCGCACAGGAAAAACACAAAAACUUUCACCGACACUCACCCCUAUCAACACCAGUAGCUUUCAAACCAAUUGAUCAAAGUUGAUGAAGUUUUGCAAGAAAGUGUCUCUAUAAGUAUUAUAACUGCUAAUGAAAUUUCAUAAUUAUCAUCACAGAGUUUUGAGCUGUAGCGUAAAAGAACCAUCUCUUAUGCGAAUUAAAAUUGGUCAUGAUUGUACGAAAUGCUUAAAACCACAUCUGUUUCUUUUUCAUCCACAGUUAAAAGUAAUGCAUCGAUUUUUAUGAAAUUUGGCAAACAAUAAGCAUACACCAAAGAGUUCUCAUUCAUUUAUUUGGCCAAUUUUACCGAUUCAGUGCAGAGUUACAGCCGCACUUCUGUGUUCCGAUUAUUGCGGAUACAGGCUUUAUAUCCUUUCAUACGCCGGUGUACGACCAGUUAAAACGGCAUUCGUUAUAAAUACAUCAAUGAAACAAAAGUUGAUUUGAUGAUGGACGCGGGAUUCGUCACUCUAAUACUCUAGGUAAUCCAAAUGUUUGCAAGUUUUUCUCGACCAUGACCCAGUUCUCAUAUCCGUAGAGAAGCAUUGGUCUUUUAAGCGUUUUGUACAUGGUACUUUAGGUGCGAAGUGAAUCUUUGACGGCUGAUCAAGUUCGAAGCCGACGUAAUUACUUCUCACGAACUAAUUUGUUAUUGGUGAUAGAUAAAGAAAAAUGAUCUGGGAUAACACGACGGCACUCUGGAGACGACAUUCAUAGUAGUAAUUGCGCGGAAAUUCUAACAUUCCAACUUUUCGCCUUAACUUGUAGAUAGGGCAAAUUAACUUUUCCUUACUCUUUUUCGGUAUCUGUUAGGUUUCGAUUCAGACAAUCAGUCGGUGCAGUAAAACGACCAACGUUUUCGGGCCUAUUUUGAUGAGUUCACCCACUAGCUGUUCUAUUGUUUUUGAGCUGUUGAAUGGCAUCCUCAACUUCACUCAGCGAGCAUGUUGGUUGGUUCCCGUUAUUUGCCAUACUCAUGAGUUAUUUAUUCCGCUUUCCUGCACCUCCUUCGUACCUGAGUUCCUCCCUUUAUCUUGGUGUUCGUCGAAGUGGUGCUUCCACCUUUUAAUCACCUUACAUAUGUCCAUCGAAAGGCUCCCGUCCUUAUCCCUGCAUUUUCCGGCUUUUGGCACGAAGCAGUUGCGGGAUGCGUAGAGCUUUUGGUAGAACUUUCGUGUUUCUUCAGAACAGAACGAAAGUUUCACUCCCCCGCUCUCAGCUUUUUUUCAGUCGGCCAUUUUUUUCUGCAGGAAGUUGCAGGAAUACUUCACGUUCUGUCGGGGCUUAGGCUGCAGCAAUAACGCCCACGCGUUUUGCCUUUAAAAUCUCUCUGCAUUGCUAGUCGAACUAAUAAUCGUGCCUUCGACUCUGCUCCAUGUACUCGACGAUGCUCUUGCCCGCGUCUUCGAUGGCUGCUAUUACUGCAAUCCUCAGAAAGUCAGAAGGGGCCAUAUCGAGUACUCCCUCAUCCGGCAACACUGCCUCGAAACUCUGCGCGUAAACAAUAGCGACAUCCGGUAGCUUCAGUCGCUGUAAAGUAGUUCCAAAUUUGGUCGCAGAUUUACCAUCACUAGGGUGGUUAGCGACGUCAGUGGUUUAGGCAUGUCAUAAGCCUUGAAGUGUGCGUUGGACAGCUCACUGCUAUCGGGCUUAGUUACCGUGCUACAAUGAAUGGAAAACUUAUCAUCAUCAUCAUCAUCAUCAUCAUCAUAAGCCUCGAAGUGUGCGUUCGAUUCUCACGUAACUUUUUGUCAAAUCGAAAAUUCUUCUCUGGAUCACUGGGUGUUUCGUGCAUUAUCUGUUGCCUAUUGUGAGUGAUCGUUCAGUCUCCACAACUUCUAGCUGAAGACGGCGUAGCGUUUUUUUCUGAAUUUGUAUCGUUUUAUACUUUGCUAUUUUUAAAAGAGAGCCUCAUUCAUACACAUCUUUCAUCGUCAUUUUCGACAAUGUUUUAGAAGUUUUUUUUUGGUAUACCACAUGUAGAACUUCAAAUCUUUGGUAAAGCUUGAUAAGGAUCGAAAAGUCAACAUAAGAAAGCAUAUGGAUGUGUAUUUUAACUACUUGGAACUAACGAUUAUCUCAGUCUGCAUAUUCUUACAUCCGAAGGAGACAUGCCAUCGCAACGUCCGCUGGACGUAAUAAUUUUCGGUGCUACCGGUUUCACCGGCAGCUGUACCGUCUACGAAGCAGUUAAAUUACUGGAAGAUCUCCGUUGGGGCGUUGCCGGACGAAACCAGGAAAAACUUGCGCAAGUUCUUCAGCAAGUAGGACGAAAAACCGGCGUGGAUCUCUCACGAAUUCCAACGCUGAUCGCAGACGUGAACGAUCCCGGCUCAUUGAAGAAAAUGGCCGAGCAGUGCCAAAUUGUGGUCAACUGCUGCGGUCCCUAUCGACUAUUCGGCGAACCGGUUGUGAAAGCCUGCGUCGAAGCCGGCACGCACCACGUGGACAUCAGUGGGGAAGCCCAUUACAUGGAACGGAUGCAGUUGCUGUACCACGCGGAAGCGCAACAGAAAGGUGUCUACGUGGUGUCGGCUUGUGGUUUCGACAGCAUUCCAGGGGAUAUGGGAGUAGUGUUCCUGGAAAACGAAUUCAACGGAACUGUCAAUUCGGUCGAGACGUUCUUGGAGAAAUCGAUUCAGUCGGAAGGUGGAGCUCUGGUGCACUAUGGCACGUGGGAAUCGGCCAUUCACGCCCUGUCUGAUGUUAAAGGCUUACUGGCAUUGAGAAAGCAACUGUUCAAGACGAGACUUCCCAGCUUUCAACCACCUUUGAAAGCUCGUCCAUUGCUGCAUCGAAGUAAGGUCGUGAACGGCCUUUGGUGUCUUCCACGUCCAGGAACAGAUCAAUCCGUGGUGAGGCGCACUCAGCGAUACUUUUAUGAGAAUUACAGGAAGCGCCCCAUACAAAUGCGGGCUUAUUUGACUUUCUCGUCGUUCCUUGAGGCAUUUUCCGUGAUUCUUAUCGGCACUGUGUGCGGGCUUAUGACUUGGUCCAGGUUUGGACGAAAAUUGCUACUGAAGUAUCCACGCUUCUUCUCAGCUGGCUUAGUGUCACGCGAAGGUCCGUCGGAAGAAGCGUUGAAGAAUACGGAAUUCAACAUCUACAUCGUAGGUGAAGGAUGGGAUCGCGUCAAGAAUCGGUUGGAACCUUCCGACGAAUCACCGAACAAACAGCUCAUUGUUAGGGUAUCCGGCACUAAUCCGGGAUAUGGUGCAACCUGUGUGGCAUUGUUGCUAUCGGCAAAGACCAUUCUGGGCCAGAGCGACAAAAUGCCAGCGUCGGGAGGAGUGCUUACGCCAGGAGCCGCUUUCUAUAAAACUAAUCUGAUUGAAGAUCUCUGCAAAAAUGGAUUUAAGUUUGAAACAGUCAACCCAAACAAAUAAUGCUAUGUUCGCUUCUAUUUUAAGGCUAGUUGUUAAAACACUUAAAUAAAUGAUUAAAAAAAU